AUGCACCACAGUUCUUUCCCUCGUUCUUCCAUUUUGGUUUACGGACAGGACACUAUUCAUUCACUGGUUCAAUCGACUGUCAUCGCUCAAGUUGAAGCUCUGCUUGAAAACAACCGAAUUGAGGAUGCCGCCGACCUCGCAACUAACUUUGCAUCUGGUCAGGCAUUGGAUUCUAACGAGGCGGAGAUACUCCAAUACAUACAUCAAUCCAUUGCAUCCACACUGUUCUCUCAGACACGUUUCGUGGAAGCGGCCCCGCACUUUCUUGCAGGUGCACUUGAUCCCCGUAUUCUCGUGUCCUACUUUCCAGAGUUGUCAAGGCCACUGUUCACGGAUGGUGAAGAAGCGGAGGUGUACGAUGGCAUUGCAAAGCGAAUGCCGAGCGAGGCAAACAUUGAUGAUCUCAUCAGGAAUUACUCCCCUCAUCUCCCGCCCUCCACUCGUGAGGCACCUGCUGCCCAGGAGAUUCGCAGGAUUCUUCGGGAAGAAGCCAUAGUGAUGAUCAAGUCUGUUCUGCAGGGCUUCAAGGGACAAGGACAAUAUCAACAGCAGGAGCCCUCGCUAUAUUAUUCGCGCGAUCAGGGCGACACUACGUCUCUCAUUUCACACCUUGAAAGCACGAAUCAUACUAGUCUUGCAGCUGUAGAGCCUGUACUACUCGAAGCCGGAGAAGUAGGUGCUCUAUGUGCAUUACUCAGGGCUAGAGGUGACGAAGCACGAGUAAUGGAAAUUUGGAAGGGGCUAGUAGAGGGUCGAUAUAGAGAUCCUUCCGUGUCGGAUCCCCUGAGUAAUAUGUUUGCCUUGCUUGAAUUCCAAACAAGGCAAAGACAGGGCAAUGCUUCGAAAAUGGGGGGUAUGGCUAACCGUACGAGAUUCAGAGCGAGGGCUUUUGCUUCUCAUGUCGACCAAGAGGUCCACAAAAGAAAAAGAUCGAGAGGAGGACCUCGCUAUUCUUUCCCAGUUGCAACAGUUACAUCCCAGCGCAGCAAGAAAUUCUUGGAGUGGUUAGUCAUUGUGAGAAGGCGAGAUUCGCCUCCUACACCUCGCAAUCUUCACAAAGACGCACACCCUCCCCUUCCUCCAUGCAACCUCAGCGUCCCGCAAUCGUCCUUCCUUGCAUAUUUUAUAUCAACAGCACCCGACUCUCCAUCGAAACGCGCACGGCUAAAAGCAUUGUUUGCUCUGCAAGCAUUACAUGGGUAUAACGCUGAAAUGAUCAAGUCGCAAAUUGUUGCUAGCGGCUUCGAGAAAGUCCUUGGCCUGGAGAUGGCAUUGCUUGACGGCAAGAUGGGUAUGCACAGGAUAGCCCUCCGUGCACUGGCUCUCUCGCUACGAGACCCUAUCUCGGCAGAGACGUACGCCAGGACGGGGGGCAUUAUCGUUCCUUCAAAAGCUGUCGAAGCCUGUGGAAUGUGUGAAUGGGGCGCGCUGUUCUCAGCUAAGGGUGGUCCUGGAAUCUUAGAAAGGGAGAAGAGUGCAGAGGGGAAUGGAGAGUUGGUAAAAAUGCUUUUAGAGGUGUACAUGGAAGAUGGGGAACCCCAGCAAACCACAAGACUACUGAGCUCACAGUCCGCAAGUUUAGAUGCUGUUGACGUGAGUGCAUUCCUUCUUACUCUCAUCUUCGGACACGAACUCAAUGUUAUUCCCCUAGUACCGCCAGACUGGCCACUUGAUUCCCUUUCCUCCUUCCUGACUCACUCAUUCCGACGGACACUCCACGCUAAGCACGAGGGUCAGAUAAUCAAGGCAGUCUGUGCUGGACAAAACUCCAAGGUCUUUGAGGGCUCCUACCUUGUAUUCCGAGAACAAGGCGCCAUCAUAGAAGAAGCGGAUGAUGACGAGGAUGGUGCUGGAGAACCCGAGAGCUUUAAUGAGAAAGAUGGACUGGCAGAGAAGAUCGCGCUGCAUCUGCAGGACCAGUAA